CUUGGCAUUUGGAGUGAAAGUGGUACCAAGUCGAAUGUUACUUCCAUGGUUGGUGGAAUGCACGUAAUAAUAAUAAUGAUGAUGUUGUUGUCCAGUGUUGACCCACUAUAAGGUUUAAGUAACUCAUUCGCUGAGAGAGUCGCUUUCUGAAAAAUCCUCUGUCGUCAUUUCAAUCUCCUCGCUCUGCAUUUUACUCCUUCCUUCCGAUCCUCACCUAACACAACACCCUCUUCUCUUCAAUCAAGACCAACUCUGCAGCAGGCACCAUCAUCCCCUGUUCCUCUUCCAGAGCCACCUGAAGCACGAUGGGAGAUGUGGCUAAGGACCUUACAGCUGGGACUUUUGGAGGGGCAGCACAAUUGAUAGUUGGACACCCAUUUGACACAAUCAAGGUCAAGCUCCAAAGCCAGCCUACACCAAUCCCAGGCCAGCUUCCCAGAUAUUCUGGUGCAAUUGAUGCUGUCAAGCAGACACUAGCAGCUGAGGGCCCAAGGGGUUUAUACAAAGGUAUGGGUGCUCCACUUGCUACAGUAGCCGCCUUAAACGCUGUCCUGUUUACGGUUAGGGGGCAAAUGGAGGCAUUGUUCAGGUCCCAUCCCGGUGCUUCCCUCACAGUACAUCAGCAGGUUUUCUGUGGUGCUGGAGCUGGACUUGCUGUUUCCUUUCUAGUUUGCCCCACUGAACUGAUCAAAUGCAGGUUGCAAGCACAGAGUACACUCGCUGGUUCUGGAACAGCUGCAGUGGCAGUGAAAUAUGGAGGGCCCAUGGAUGUGGCCAGGCAUGUUCUGAGGUCAGAAGGGGGUGCAAGAGGUCUUUUCAAGGGUUUGGUUCCCACUAUGGCGCGUGAAGUGCCUGGGAAUGCUGCAAUGUUUGGUGCAUAUGAAGCAUCGAAGCAGUUACUGGCUGGAGGCCCUGAUACCUCUGGACUAGGUAGAGGUUCUCUCAUAGUUGCUGGAGGCUUGGCUGGAGCUUCCUUCUGGUUUUUUGUCUACCCAACUGAUGUUGUAAAGAGUGUGAUUCAAGUAGAUGACUACAAAUAUCCAAAGUUUUCUGGUUCCAUUGAUGCUUUUAGAAGGAUUCUAGCCUCUGAGGGGAUCAAAGGCCUUUAUAAAGGUUUUGGUCCUGCAAUGUUCCGAAGUGUUCCCGCAAAUGCAGCAUGCUUCUUGGCUUACGAAAUGACAAGAUCAGCUCUGGGAUGAUUGUGAUGAUUCUUUCAUCAGCAAGCUGGUAUCAUUGAGUGCCAAUGUUUAUUUUUUGCUUUUUUUUACACUCCCCACAAGAUUUUUAUUUGAUGUAUUGCAAUAUGGCCACAGAGGCUUGUCUCUUAUUGCUUGGAAUCAUUACUUCAGCAAGCAACUUCUGAUUUCAAAUUUGUGUAUUCACCUCAUACUAUGACACUGGGAUUUUUCUUCACUAGAUUUUUCCCAAGGUGUUUUCCUAGUAGGUUUUAAUGAGACAUCUUAAAAGUUUAGCUUUCA